AUGGCCUCCUCCUCCGGCGCGCUGCCGCCGUCCCGCCGCGCGCGCCCGGGCCCCUGGCCCCCGGCGCCGCCGCCGCAGCCGCAGCCGCAGCCCCUCUCCUGGGCCAAGCGCACCGGCUUCCAGGCCCGCGUCUCCGGCGAGUCCGUCUCCACCUCCACCCCCACCUCCGCCCACGCCCCGCUCCCCCGCCCCGCCGAUCUGGAGUCCGGCCCGCCGGCCCGGCCCACCUCCGCCGCGCCGCCCCCUCCCGCCACCAAUGCCAAGCCCCAGCCCCCACCACAUCACCGCCAGCCGCAGCCCCCACCAGCGCCCCCCGCGAGGGCGCGCAGGAGGGAUUCGGACGGAGGGCGGCCGAACGGGCAGCAGCCGCUCCCGCAGCUGCAGGAGGAGGGGGAGGAAGAGGGUGCGCCGCAGCGGGCGGCGCACGUCAAGUACGAGCUUCGUGACACCCCCGGAAUACUUCCGGUAGCGGUGUUUGGGUUCCAGCACUACAUCUCCAUGCUCGGCUCCAUCAUCCUCGUCCCGCUGGUCAUGGUUCCUGCCAUGGGCGGCUCGGCCGAUGACACGGCAGCGGUGGUGUCGACGGUGUUGCUAGUCUCGGGGAUAACCACAUUGCUGCACACAUUGUUCGGAACGAGGCUGCCGCUCGUGCAGGGGCCAUCCUUCGUGUACCUUGCCCCUGCGCUUGCGAUUAUCAACUCCCCUGAGUUCUUCGGGCUCAAUGACAACAACUUUAAACACAUAAUGAAGCACCUACAAGGAGCUAUCAUAAUUGGAGGUUUAUUCCAAGUGCUGUUGGGAUAUACGGGCCUCAUGUCGCUAUUUCUAAGGUUGAUAAAUCCAGUCGUCGUCUCACCAACAGUUGCAGCUGUUGGCCUCUCGUUUUUCAGUUAUGGGUUCACUAAAGUAGGGUCAUGUAUAGAGAUGGGUGUUUUGCAAUUUUUGAUGGUCAUUAUCUUUGCACUAUACCUCCGAAAAAUAAAAUUAUUUGGGUACCGGGUGUUUCUAAUUUAUGCGGUUCCUCUCGGUCUUGGGAUCACAUGGGCUAUUGCUUUCGUUCUGACAGCAAGUGGAGUUUUUAGCUUCAAAGGUUGUGAUGCAAAUAUUCCCGCUUCAAACAAUGUCUCAGCCUUUUGCCGGACGCAUGUAUUGAGGAUGAAAUCGUGCCGUGUAGACACUUCACAUGCCUUAAGAGCUUCUCCGUGGUUCAGAUUUCCGUAUCCGUUACAAUGGGGCACUCCAGUUUUUAAUUGGAAAAUGGGCCUUGUGAUGUGUCUUGUAUCAGUAAUCGCAUCAGUUGAUUCUGUUGGUUCCUACCAUGCAUCAUCUUUGUUUGUGGCCACAAGACCACCAACAGCUGGAAUUGUUAGCAGGGGUAUAGGCGUUGAAGGUGUCUCUACAGUUUUGGCUGGCCUGUGGGGAACAGGAGUUGGGUCAGCAACAAUAACAGAGAAUGUACAUACGAUUGCUGUGACUAAAAUGGGUAGCCGCAAGGCAGUUGGAUUUGGUGCUAUUGUUCUUAUAGUUCUCUCGAUUGUUGGCAAAGUUGGUGCUUUCAUUGCAUCUAUUCCUGAUGUUAUGGUUGCUGCUCUCCUUUGUUUCAUGUGGGCCAUGCUCUGUGCUCUUGGCUUGUCCAAUCUUCGUUAUGGUGCCACAGGAAGCUCCAGGAACUGUAUUGUUGUGGGGCUAGCAUUGUUUUUGUCCUUGUCAAUUCCAUCAUACUUCCAACAGUAUGGAUUACAUCCUAAUGCAAACUCAUCAGUUCCAACCUACUUUCAGCCAUACAAUGUCGCAUCGCAUGGACCUAUACACACUGGAUUUGGCGGGGUAAACUAUGUCCUCAACACUUUACUGUCACUCAACAUGGUCAUUGCAUUCCUGGUUGCUGUCAUACUUGACAAUACUGUCCCUGGCGGCCGCCAUGAGCGGGGGUUGUAUGUGUGGUCAGAAGCAGAGGAAGCCACGAGCGAGUCAUCUUUUAUGGAAGACUAUGAACUUCCGUUUAAGAUAGGGCGAGCAUUCAAGUGGGCAAAGUGUAUGGGCCUAUAGCACAUCUGCGCCCCAGACGUGCUUGCGAGAGAAUUGGUUUGUCAUGUUUCAUGACAGAGCGCGAGGUACUGAGUGUAUAUAUUCCGAAUUGCUCUUUAGGUUAGUUAUAUAUGGUCCUGAUGCUUAGAUGCAUCGACAAAUUUUCCGAUCAUUAUAUAGACUACUAUGUAUUAUAACUGUUAGAUUUUGCUCUUCUGGUAUUUAGUAGCUUUAGGCAUAUGAUAUGUAUAGGCGUUAAGUGGUCUGAACUAAACCUAUACCCUGUCUGCUUUCUUGUUAGGCUUAGAUUACAGGAGUCUGAGGUCUUA